AUGCAGACAGGAAAUCAUUUACACUCUGUUGAAGCAGUAUGUCUGUUCAAAGAAAUUGAUAAAACCGAAGAAGAUAAAAUUACAAGGGAUCAGUUCAUAGACUAUCUGGUUAAUGUUUUAAAUCCAACAAAAUCGAAAAACGUACAAUUGGUAUUUAAAAAUCGUUUCUCUCCUCCUCAUGUACAGGAAGAGCCAAUUCAAAAAAUUGUACCGAUCCAAUCAGAAGACUACUUCUGUUACUGUAUAGUUUCUAAAUUUGGUGGUGUAGGUGUUUACGAUGUUAACCUGAGCUUUCUAAGCUCCUAUCGAAUAACGUUUACUAGGGAUGAUUUAAAAGUAAAAGUUACAGAAGAAAAAAUUAGGCGAAACCGCUGGGUAACUGACUGCAUUUAUCUUUCUAACGUUUCGAUACUUGCUCUGGCGAAUUCUACCAGAACCAUAACAUUAUACGACGCAGCGAGACUAAAACAUUAUUUAAUUUGGAUGAUUACUAACAUUCCAAAUGUUAUCCAGUGCUUGCAUUAUUCCUACAAUUCUGAGUACAGUACUUUAUUGAUGGGAGACGAAUACGGCCAAAUCUACUUGCUGAAAUUUAUUAAUGUAUCAAAAGGCUUAUUGAGGAAAAAACACACAGAUAAACCUAACGUGUUUUUCUGGCAGGCGAUUCAAGAACAAAAAGAAUAUGUCCUGGUCUCCAAACUAGUGGAAAGUCAUGAUGCAGAAGUGAGACGGAUUUUUUACUGUGAUGAAAAUUUGUCAGUUGCCAGUUGCAGCCGAGAUCCGAAGAAAUCUGUUAUUAUGCAGCACGUAUCUUCCAAAUGGAAACCAUAUAUUUUCAAAAUGAAAAAAGGUGUAAACUGUUUCAUCUUACACAGAACAAAAAGAAUUUUGAUAACAGGAAGCACAGACGGAAUUGUCGCCGUCUGGGAUAUUUUUAAUACUAAAAGACCUACGUCAGUAUUCAGCUUCAAUGGUGCAAUAUUGGAUUUAGUACUUUUAAACAAUUUCAACAUGCUUCUAACUUACACUCAGAAAGGGAAGUUGGAAUUAUGGGAUACUGAUAUGGAAUGUAGCGUACAAACACUGCGAAUAAAGUUCCCAAAAAAUAAGAGAUGGGGUGAUACUGUAAAAUAUUUUGAUAACAAUUUGAUAUUCUUUUAUGAAAAAGGCAGGACCGGGCACUUGAGAGAUCAAUUUACGGACUCCGCAUGGGUUCCCAAUAUGUAUUUAGGAACUAAAAAUUUAAAAGGUGUAAACACAUUCGAAAAUUGGAGAAAUUCGAUUACUUGGAAUCCGUCUCACAUUUAUGUCAUCAAUUCAAAUUAUGUGGCAAAUAUACAUCUAAAAUAUCCUGAAAAAGACGAUUUUAAUUUACCAGUUUUACAUCCACCCCCUUUACACAACAGCGUUCUUAUUCCUUUGGACUGGAAAAUAUGUACAAAUAUUACUACACCACUACAUCAACUGACCUCAAAUGAAACAGACAAGGAACAAGUUUACGACGUUGAAAAAGUGUUCGAUCAUUCUGCUUUCACUUUGGAUAGACCAAGUGACAUUAAUUGGCGAUUAUCUCAACUAGACAACGACGAAUUAGUGUCAAAUGUACCAGAUGAAAUUAGAUCUGCAGUAUUUUUAAAUUUAAAAUUACAAGACUUGCGAGAUAUUAGAAUCACACCUCAGUUACUGAAGUCUGAAAACGAAUAUGUUCGAAAUACACUUGAAAAAAUCUCAACGAUGCUAGAGAAUGCAUCCCGCCGUGACAAAAUUCUUUAUGAAGAUUCAGAUACCAGAUCCUGUUCAAGAAGUAGCACAAAUUCGCUCAUUGAAUUUUUAUGAAUAUAAUACACCGCACAACACAACUAUUUUUCAAUAUUAUUGUCUUAUAUCUUAUGUAAGAAUUUACUUCUGUAAAUGUCUGUGUCCAGAAAACACCACACAACUAUGCAACAUUCGAUAGAGAAUCCAAAUACAAAAUAAAAGUCCUUCGUUAUCUUCUGGUACCAACACAGCUUUAUACAAUUGUAAUUAGAACAUUAACACACCCGAUCAAUAGCGCGGUACUAACGCAAGUAGGGGUCACUCUGGUUAUCACAUUUUUCAAUUUUUGUAUUAGAGAUGCAAUCUGAUUGAUAAAUGAUUUUUGAACAA